AUGUCCUCUUUGGUAAUUUCCACCGUGGCACCCAAAUUAGUUCAAAACCAGUUUCACCUGAAUUCAUCUGCUCCAAAAAAAAAACGUUGCAAACGAGAGCCAAAAAAAAGACAAAAUAAAAAUCCAAAAAUACAAAGAAAACCCCAAAUCCAAGAGAGAGACCCAAAUCUCUCUCUCCCUCUCUCUCCGAUCAGAUCGGACACCCUCUGUCUGAAGCCCAACACACCGCGCGCAAUUUCGAUUCCUCUCUUCCUCUCGACGUUUCAUUUCUCAAAAUUUUCAAAUUAUUCCCCCAUUGUUGUUCAUUCCUUCUUUGCACCGUUCUCGUUCCCGUUUUACGCGAUCUGGGAAAUUCCUUCUCAUGCUAGGGUUUGGGGCUGUUUGAUUCGGAUCCAUUGCCACGGUGAUGGCGAUUUGCGCGUUGAGGUUUUGAAUUUGUGCGUAUUUUUUCGUUCUAGAUCGUUCGCUUGUGGUUCUCUAAUGGCGUCGGCUCAGGUGCUGCCUAACUCCGCCGCGUCGUCGCGGAAGCAAGAGCAUCUUGAAGCUGGCAAGCGCCGGAUUGGAAUUAGGAAAUCUCUUAUUGAUUUGCUUAAUGCUGUGUUUUCUGUUGUUAUAAUGUUGCGCAUUUGUGCACCUGAGAGUAAUGUGGGUAGUUCGAUACAAAUGCGGCUGCUAUCGGACUUCAAGACCAAAAACCUUGAAAUUACAGCCAAAGUUGUGGCGGAAGACCGAUCUUUAAAACCUUAG